AUAUAAAUAAAUUUAAGGAAGUUUUUGUAAGUAAUAGAGAUGGCUUCAGUAUAUUAUGAGUUUUAAGGACGCCGUUACUGUGGUUACCACACCGAGUGAAUUAAGCAGAUCCAUAUUAAAAGCCACAGAAGCAAGUGACUUUAGGCCUAAACCCAAACACCUCCAUGCGCUAGUGGAAUACUCGAACAGAGGAAAAAAUGAUAAAAUUAUAGAACAACUUUUAAAAAGGACAAGGGAGAAACACUGGGCUGUCGUGUUAAAAAGUUUAAUCACGAUUCAUACCCUUCUUUCUCGCGGGAGUCUUUUUUUUUCCUCUCGACUUUCUCGCUGGGAAUCAAAUACUUUUGGACAUCUCAGCGGAUAUUACGAUAAAUAUAGCUAUGAAAUGUCCGAAGUUAUUCGACAGUAUUCUUCUUAUUUGGGUGAGAAAAUCUAUACUCAUAAUCGUUUGGGGAAGGAUCCUUUAAGGGGAAGUUUGAAGCAAAGUUUCAUACACAUCCAAUCUACUAACAAUCAAGAAAUGUUUAUUCUUUUUGAACUGCUUCUCGAUCAGGCGGGAUCAUUAUUAAAGCUUGAUCUUCCCCCUGAUUUGUACAACAGCGCUAUUGUUUACCAAAUUUACUUUCUUCUCUUCGGUGAUUGUGUUCGUUUGUAUGUCCUUCUGAAUCAAGUGGCCAUCUACUUUUUGGAUAUAUUUAUAAAAUUAAGUCGAGAGGAAGCAGUUAGAGCAUUUCAGCAUCUGAAGACCUUCUGCUCCCACGUGGAGAAGAUGAAGUUUUUUACAGAAAUGGGAGCUAAAUUGCAUACUUUUUUAGAAGUUCCAAAAUUCAAUUUGCUUCCCUCCACUUUGAUUCCGAGUUUAAAAAAAUACUUAGAAGAGACCGAAUCUCCCGCGAAGUUUAAAUCUCCCGUUGAUCAAUCUAAUUCUAUUAGAACCGCUAGUAGCGGAAUUUCCUCUACUUACUCGCAAUUUCGAGUGCCGUCAGGAAGAGGACUUCCUCAAGUAUUUGAUCAAUCUACUAAUUCUCAGUACUUGAAAUUUCGGGAUCAUCACGAGAAUCUGCUUAGCAUGGACGAUUCUUCGUUUCAAGAUUCAAGCAACUUUAAUUAUAACGCACGCACGAAUACUAAUAAACUUUCCACGCAAGAAAUUUUGGAUCUCUUUGAUCCUUUAAGAAAUGAUUUAUACCCAAGCACGGCCCAAGCUCAGAAUGAUUGUGAUUUCGCACGUCAAAGUUUUGAAGCUCCGCCGAAACUCGAAACUUUGCAGGAACCGUUUAGUCUUCCUUCUCAUUAUAGAAACGAUUUUAUUACUUCUUCUCAGCAAAUCAACGCAUCUACUACUGAAUUUUCGUUUUCAGACCGUAAAGAUUUCUUGCAGAGUGAUUAUGAUUCCGCUGAAAAAGACAUUCCUUUUCAAAGAACUUCCUUGAAUCCUUUUGAUUUUCAGUCACCUUCCGGUUCCGAGGAGCGACCGACUCAUCGCAACACUAAUCCCUUUCUUUAA